AGUGUGAUGGCCCAAUAUCAAUCUGCCUGGCCCUGUUAGGUCGGCGGCAAGGGACCCGAAACACGCACUACACUGCACUGCACCCACCGCUAUUGUUCCUCGUCUCGUACGACAUCCACAGGCCGGCGGCACUGAAAGCCAUUGAUUUCAGCGUCGACCUGUGACCCAACUCCCGCCAAGCACCAAUCAAUUUUGCAACUGCCUCGUCCUCAUAGUCGUGCUUGCCGUCAGGAACUCCUAGUCUCUGCAGGUGAACUUAUCUUUAGAUGCCACGUCACUGAACCAAUGGCUUUGAGACUUACAAAGCUCACGAUGUCAGCGGGUGAGAUGGUGUCUCCGUUCGCCCUCAGGAGAUGGACCCAUGUCUCCGCCAUGCGUACGCCUUUGGACUGCCUCGUUGAUUAUUCAGUGGCGUCGCCACCAACUGUUUUGCCUGAGUUUGAUCAUGAUCAUUCUGGUUCUACCAAUCAGAAAAUUAUUGGAUUUGGAUUUCCAAUUUCUUCUUUUGGUGGAUCCAUGGAGCUCAUGGCUGUUCCCAAGAAGAAGGUUUCUCCUCACAAAAGAGGCAUAAGAAAUGGACCUAAAGCUUUGAAACCUACACCAGUCAUUAUUCGAUGCAAGAGCUGUGGUCGAGUUAAGCUGCCACAUUUCUACUGUUGCAGUGGCGAUAGGGGAAAUGCAGUGUGGAGGGAGCUACAAAAAGAGAACAUGGAGUUCUUCCGAGCAUAUUUUCAUGCUACUUCUCCCAGGCCAUUCAUCAGUAGACAUGCUCAAAGGGCACCAAGGUUUGCAACAAAGAAGCAAUAUUGGAAAUGAAACAUUGGAAACCAUAUACAUAUAUAUAUAUAUGUAUAUAUAUACAUAUAUAUAUAUGAGAAAGAAAUGAUCCAAGAGAAACAUAAUAUUCAUGGGACCAUGUAUGAGGAUUUUCAAGUGAUAUGUUUGUAUAUCUAAGUGCUGUUGGCUCUCUAGUGGUAUAUGUAUGCUCAGGUAGAUACGAGGAAUUAUCUCUUGGAGCAUGGGUGAUCCGAUUCACCCUUUAAAAUAUUAAUGUUUUUAUGAUUUUUUUAAAGAAAAAAAUCAAAUUAGGGUCUGCCAAAAAGUUGAAGUAUCCAAUCAAAAUUCAUUGGUAAAUUACCUCAGCCAUGCUCUG